AUGGAAGAGGAGGCGGACAGGUCGUCUAUCGUCGUUGGCAUGAUCGAGAACAGGGCGAAGGAAGUAAACGCUCCUCUGUCUCUCUCUCUCUCGCUUGCUCUGUGCAAACGCGUACAAUUAUCUUAUGCUAGUGUACUUCCCAAUGGGAGAAACGAUCCCCUAUCCAGUUUCCUGUCUUCUUUUGGUGAUAUCCUCAUCGCCGAAAUAACCGAUUGAGGCGAUAUUUUGGUAUCAAGAGAUUGAUAUGAUCAAAUUUGAGCUGGACACGUUGCAUGUGCGAGAUCGCUUUGGCAAUCUCCUUUCUAGAACGAGUUUUUAAAAAAUAAAUUAUUUUAAUUUAUGCAUGAUAACGUCAGCAGUGGAGGUAUCCAAAUGCCGAACAAGUUUCCAAAAAAAAUACGUUGAUAAAAGAGAUGCAUUAAAUGAAGUUACGGGGGGCUUAUUUCCAAUCAGAUAGAGGGAUAAAUAAAAUGGAACACGAUACUACGGGGUUCCAUAUCACCUCACUGCAUGUGCGUAGCAUUCAUAGAUCAUUACGCAGAAUAUAUUUAGGUUCUUGCCAAGGAAGUGAGCUCGUCAUGCUCAACUUUCUCUCAUGGUUGCUUAUCAUUAAUGAAAGGAGAGAAAAAUAUUGAUUUAGGCUACAACUGGCAAGCAUACGUACAUGCAUCUUGCUAAAUUUUUUAGUUUCCCGUCAUUAUGGUUGAUGAACCUCUGGAACAACUGCACAUAAGUUUUCUUGAUAUUAUCUAUGGAGUAAUUGUAGAUCAAUGCGCCGUUGCAUAUCUGUUUCCUUUUUUUCUCCUUAAAUGGAAAUAGCAGACAGAACCAAAGUCCACCUUCUUUCUAUUGGAGCAUAGGAGCUCCUCAAAUCGAUUGUCAUGCCGAAGUCCCGUGAUGUUUCAUGUGACUACAAUAUAGGCUUCUUACGAUUUCCCUGUGCAGGUUGGAGUGGCUGCAUUUGACUUGAGAUCAGCGUUCUUGCAUCUCUCACAGUACAUUGAAACCAGCUGUUCAUAUCAAAACACUAAAACCCUCCUACAUUUUUAUAAUCCGAUGGUAAUCAUCGUUUCUCCGAACAAGCUUGCGCCAGAUGGUAUGAUCGGAGUCUCAGAAUUGGUGGAUAAGCAUUAUACAUCAAUUAAGAAGGUCUCUAUACUUUCUUUCAGCCUUUUUAUGAUAUGUUUCAUGUUUGGCUGAUCUUGCAAGUACUCUCAGGUGUUCAUGUCUCGUGGCUGCUUUGAUGAUACCAAGGUCAAAUCUUUAUCAUUUUUUAAAUUUAGUUUUAGUUGAUUUAUAUUUGGUGAUCUUUAAAAUCACCUUCAAUAAGCUUCUUAUUAUGUAUGAUAUUCAGGGGUCAAUACUGGUUAAAGAUUUGGCAGCCAGGGAGCCAUCUGCAUUGGGGUUAGAUACAUAUUACAAGCAAUAUUACCUUUGCCUGGCUGCUGCUGCUGCUACCAUCAAGUGGUAACUAGCCAAAUUAGUUGGAUAAUCAUUCCAUCAUCACUAAUAAAAUUGAUGCCUAUAUGUUUUUUUUAAUUCAACUUCUAUAUAUUCUUAAAAAGUUUCUUAAUUAGAGCUUGGCACUAAUAUUCGUUCCAACCUUGCAACCUUGAGUCCCCAUCGAUUAAUGUGCUGACGUCAUCUUUAUUUGAUUGCUUAUGCGUGCAAAGAAGCUGAUAUCUUUGUCAAUUAGCCUAGAUUUUCUCUUAGCAUACCUAUGUUCUUCAAUAAGUUCUGUAUACAGAUUCAUUUGCUUCUUCUGAAGGUGUUUACCAACUCUAAGUCUCAACGUCAGAUGCCUCUGUAUGCUAAUUUUAAAAUGGAAAUUACAUAGUUUUCCCUUCAAUUCAUCUUUGGCAGAUGCCUUUCUUGCUUUAUUGUUUACCUGGGCAGAUAUUGUUUCCUUCGAUGCUGCAUAGUUUUCUUGCCUUUCUUGCUCAGUGAUGAUAGCAUAGCUGAUCCCACUAGUUACAAUUGAGUUUCACGAAUGCAGAGGACGCCCUAGCACGAUGAUAUUGGAAAGGUUGGCUUAAGAUCUAUGUGAACUUUAUUUGACUGAACUUUCCAUGAUUCGAUGCUAUCCUGAAUUUGAAGCCUUCUUCCUUACCAUGGUUUAAGUUUGACAAUAUGAAUGACAUCUUCAGAACACGAGUUUUUUGUUCAUUCCAUUCUGUAUUUUAUCCUGAGAGUUGUGUUGUUGUCAUUUUAGUUAAAUGUAAUCCCCCUGUUCCUUUACCUUCGUUCUUUUGGACGCGUGAAAUAUAGGUUGAUUCUCUUGUACACGUUUCAAUAAAGGAUUUUAUCAUCCACAUCUGCUGUUUCCGAUUCACUUCUGACAUGGUCUUUUUCUCCAUAACUGCUGAAUUUUAUGGCAUAACCUUUUGCCUAUUCACGCUCAAUUUCUCUUAUUGUGAGGUUCUAUUUUUCUUUUGGACAUGUAGGAUUGAAGCAGAGAAAGGCAUUGUGGUGACAAACAACUCAUUGUCGGUAGGACAGUGUCCUUGAUUUCUGACUAAUUCUUUUUUCGUCCUAAUGAAAAUGCCAUGAUAUUUUAGUCCUUCUGACGUUUUCCUGUUCGGAGGCAUUUUUUGGAAAAAUUAAAACAUGGAUAUAUUAAUAAUAGUUCUGCUGAUCCACACUUCAGAUAACAAACCACCCUUCAUCAAACAUUUCGUGAUGCCCUAUUUCUAUUUAUUUUAAAGUAUAUUUCUGAAGACGAAAAGAAUGAUGAUAACUCUGCGUAAUAUUUUGUCACUUGGACAAAACUGAUGCCAUGGUUCUCUGAAAAAGGGUUCAUUCAUGUCAUAAUAAUACAAGUGUUGUGGUACUCGUUUUAUGACAUCACAAUCUGCGAUUAAUUGAUAUUUUCAUCAUAUGAUAGGUGUUAUUGUUGUCGUUUCCUAUGCUACAAUCUUAGUUUUGUUCUCUCUUCUCUACAAUGAUAAGACCACAAAUGCAAGCCCUUUUAUGGUUUAUAAUGGAGCCUCUUCCUUUUCUUACACAUAUACCAACAAAAAAAUUACUAAGAAUCCCGUUAUUGUGUUAAAAAUGUGUAAGAUAAGGUUCAAGUUGAUGCCUAUUGGCUCUCCUGUCCCAUUCUCUGGACACUAACUUUGCCUUGUUUGUCAUGGACAACUCAUAGGUUACCUUUAAUGGUUCUUUUGAUCACAUGAACAUUGACGCUACCAGGUAUUCUCCUGAGAAAGAAUUUUAAAAAUAUCAUGUUUCGUAAUCUACAACAGUAAAAUAUAGCAUGUUUCUUUAGAUUGUCAAUUUAUUCUUUUAAAUUGAUAUAUCUUUUCUGUUCGUAUGUGGUACAGCGUUCAGAACUUGGAAAUUAUUGAUCCCUUGCAUUCUGGUCUUUGGGGAACUAGCAACAAGAAGAGGAGUUUGUUUCAAAUGUUAAAAACAACAAAAACUAUUGGAGGGUAUAGUUCGUUUUGGUUUAAAAUUUUAAACUAAACAUCAUGAUUUCUACGUAAACGGAUUUUCUCUCUCAUAUUUUCUUUUUUAUUACAACUACAUGCCCAUGGUCUCUUGUCUGCAGUUUACUUCAUUCGCUUUAUUUAACUUCAGUAUAACUGAUCAACUUUACUUUUAGACAUCAUUUCUGCAUAUUUGAAUGCUUAAUGCGACUAAUCUCUUUCACUGUUUUUGGGCAUAUUCCAAUAGUCUCUGAUUUCCACAUUGAAAUUAGUUUGGAGUAGGAGAUAUCUGAGAGUAUGCGAAGUUGAUUGUGAUGUUAUCUUAUUAAAUAUUUUUUUACUAAUUGAGAUAUAAAAGUAUAUUCCUAUCAAAAUAGAUGAAAGCUUCAGGAUGAUUGUACGAGUGAACCAUUAGACGAGAUUCUCGGAAUUAAACAUGAAGAAAGGAGAGGGUAUUAUUUAGUUAAAUAGGAGUUGGAGUAUGAUAAAUAGAUAGAUAGAUAGAUAGAGAGAGAGAGAGAGAAGGGCUCAUUGACUUUGAUAAAUGAGACAUAUCCUGAAUUUGACAAACAGCAAGAGAGAAAAAAGCUAGUUAGGUUAAAUGUAAUGUCUUAUUGUUCACAUUAUAUUUUGGAUGACAGUUCUGGCCUAGAUCACGAUCCAGAUCGGUUACAAGAUUGCCCCCCUUGCGUUAAGAUGUGAAAAGCAUUCCCCACAAAUGGAAAAAAAAUUAGUAUGGAAAUAUCUUGAGAAAAUCCCCAAUCUUUGCGUGCCGUUCGAGGUUUAUCUGAUCUAUAGCUCAUAUUACAGAAUUUCAUUAAAUUAUUAUUCAGUUGGGAAAAUAACAUCUUCUUGCUCUCUUCCUCAUAUGCUUCCUCUUCUCUUUCGUCUUUCUCUGCUGCAGUAAAUCAGUAAACACGGAAACAGUAAAUCAGGAGGCUGUUAGAGGCUUUUCAAGUAGGAUUCUAAUGGUUGGGAGUAUCAAUGCAGUAAAUCAGAAACACCAUCUAAGACUGAAUCCAGAGGUAGACAAUACCCAGGACGAAAAUUAGAGAGAGAGAGAGAGAGAGAGGGAGGGAGAAUUGAAAGCUAUAAAUUUAGUCCACAACCUGAAAUUAACACAACAUUUCUCCGGAUAAAACGUUUCUGUUUAAGCGUAUAUCGUAAGCCAAACUGUUCAUUUCACGUUUUCAAGGGAUAAAUAUUGGUUUCUUAGAAGAUAAUUCGGAACAAGAAGGUAAAGUCUCGUUAUCUUCUUGAGAAAUAUUGUGAACCAAAUGAUGGUUCACAGAAAGCCACUAAAGAACGUAGCUUCUACUAGGAAACUACAGUUCUAGAAAAUAAUGAAUCAUCAUCAUAGACACUCCAGCAAACUAUGGUUUGCUCAAAGUCAUCAACACUCCAGUAAAUGCAGAGAGCAAAAAGAUUAAUUCGAAAUCUCAACAGGCCCCUCCGCACCCCAUCUCCACCUCAAAGAGAGAGAAAGAACUGCACGCCUCUUUCUCCCCGUCCUUUUCUCACUUUUGCUCCAGUAAUGACAGUUAAGCUCAGUGUCUAGCAAUCACUGUGCCAAUCAGUGGAUACAAUCUCAUACGUGCUUUGUUUAUGCUCUUUACUUUAGGUGGCGGUAAUGGUUAUCGUCAAAGUUUUUCAGGACAGUUUACCAUAACCCUCAUGACGUGCCAAUGAACUCAAGGAUCAACCAUUUUGGGCUAAAACAUCAAAUAACUAAGGGAAGUAGUUCACUUUCCUUUCUCAUUGUUUGAAGUGACCUCAUAGCAUAGCCCAGAUACAUCCAGCCGUAUUUACUAACCUAGAAAUGGACAAGCUACCGGUUUUGAAGUGUUUGUUUAAGCUUGGUUACCCCUGUUUACCUUUUAGUUUUCACAAAUCUGAAGUAGAUCUAUACCAGCACAUCUCAGUCAAAGUUAUCCAAUUUUAGGGCUACGUUCGUGAGGUUUUCCAGUGUUCCUUGAGAUGACAAAUGGAAGUCGUAUUUGUAUGUUCCAAUAUCCUUCCAUCGUGAAAUUUUAAUUAUUAUUUUUCAACGCCUUCUAAGGCUGAUAAGAUUGAAAACUUUUGGUGAUAAAUUUAUCAUAGAUGAUGGAAUUUGUAUUAUAUUCCUUUACACUCCAUGUUCAUAUAUCCCUUCCAUAGGUACAGUUUUCUCCACUCGAAGCUAAAUGGAUGUGCUUUUCAGGACUAGACUUCUUCGAGCAAAUCUGCUGCAACCCCUAAAAGAUAUGGAAACUAUAAAUGCUCGAUUAGAUUGCUUGGUAAGGUUUUUUACUCUCCUCACGCAAUAAUAAAACUAGCGCUACAUUUAAUUUAUCUCAUUUGCCUUCUCGCUUCUAGCAUCAGACUCAUACCAUCUUAUUUUCAUAUUCAUGUUUUAUAUUUUAAUGUUAUGUACGUUUUGUGUUGUCUCUUUGAUGCUAUUAUGCUGUUAUGUACUUUUUCUUAGCUGAUAUACACAGCCGUGUGAUAUAGAACCUGAUGUUCAUAAAAUCUGAAUAAACCAAUUUUCCUGCUGGAUUCAAGCCUCAAGCAUGUCUUCAUUGAUGCAAAAAGAAUCUCCAUCAUUCAUAUCCAUUUCUUCCUUCAGUAAAAUUAUGCGUGCUUUUGUAUGAAUAUUAAAAUAUAUUUAUGUAUGCCAAAAGUAUGCUACAAAUAAGGCUUUUAGGUUUCCACUUCACCUGCUCGGUACGUUAUCCCGAUCUAGGGUUUUCUUGAGGCACGCAGAAUUUGAUGUGUUUUUCUGUGGAAUAUCUAUUCAACGACAAUCCUCUGAAGAUUUCUGCUAAACAUAUCCAUAAUGUUUUUAAACAGAGAAACUAGCUUCUUGGUCGUUUUGUAAAAAGGUCUGCGACCAGAGAGCAAUCAGACAUGGGUCGUUCAGGAAUUACAAAAUAACGCAAUUCAUAAUCGUUCCCGGCUCAUAAUUCUUGCGUUCGCUGGUUAUGUGAUACGAGAAUGAACGAAUGUUUACAUCAUACACCAUUAACUCUCUUCCACUUGUCAUAUUUCAAAUAUUAAAUUCAGCUGCCUGAUUUUCUCUCUAUAUUUUUCAUUUACGAUAUAGUAAGACUUCUGUGCUUCAGGAUGAGUUAAUGAGCAAUGAGGAGCUAUUCUUUGGGCUUAUUCAGGGCUUACGAAAGUUUCCAAAAGAAACAGGUGAGUCCAUUCCAAAAGUUUCAUUUACUUCCUACUUUAGCGUACUAUGGACAAAUAAAACUCUAAACAAAAGUCUUCUCAAAUUUCUGUCUGCUAGAUAGGGUGCUCUGUCAAUUUUGCUUCAAACACAACAAAGUGACAGAUGCGGUAGUAGGACAAGCUGAUUCGAAAAAGAGUCAAGUGUUGAUCUCGAACAUUAUAGUCCUUAAAACUGCUCUUGAUGCCCUUCCUUUUCUUUCCAAGGUGAAGUCAUGAAUUAUUUAUUCAGAGUUUUGAAUAUUUUUGGUCUUAAAUAUUACUGGAGAUCACUAUUUCAGGUGCUGAAAGAUGCCAAAAGCUUUCUUCUCUGUAACAUUUACAAAUCAGUCUGUGUGAAUGAAAAAUAUGCGCGUAUAAGGAAAAGGUAUGCCUAUUUGAGACCUUCUAUGACAAAUGAGUGUCUGUAUGCUUGUAAAAUUUUCUUUCCUCUCUUUUUAAUUUUGGAAGAGAAAUUUUUAAUAAUUUAAAAACAUAUUUCUACGAGCUUUUCAGAUGUACUAUACAGUGAACGAUCUCUUAAUAUCGAAGUAAUAGAUAUAACUUUUUGUAAGAUGUCUACUUUGAAGGAAAACAUUUUAUGCAUGAUCUAUUUGCAAGCUGAUUGAAAUUCCGAUUUAGAAAUUUCAGUCAGUCACUUUGUCUGCAUCUAAAUGAUUGGGGUCAACUGAUCUGAGUCAUGCGGCUUCGUCCGUAAAAUAAACUUCCUACGAAUGAGUUUUCAGAGGUCUAUUGAGAUCUAUUUAGUGUCGCUCAUUUAUGAUAUUUCUCCAUGUGCAAAUAAUUCUAAAGUUGAUUUUGUGUUAUUUUAUUUUAAAUAUUUUAAGCUUAAAUUCUACAGCAUCUCUAUUGGAAAUUAUUAUUCUCAGAUAAUCUAUUGCUUCUGACUUUAAGAAUAGGCGAGAUCAUUGAUGAAGACGUAUUACAUACAAGGGCUCCCUUUAUUGCCAGCACACAACAGUGUUUUGCUGUCAAGUCAGGAAUAGAUGGGCUUCUGGAUGUCUCAAGGCGCACAUUCUGUGAUACAAGUGAAGGUGCUGAAACUGGGAUUGUUAUGGAUGUUGUUGCAUUUAAGUACUGAUAGAUUAUUGUUUCAGCUAUAUAUAACCUUGCAAACAAGUAUCGGGAAGAGUUCAAGCUCCCAAAUCUGAAAAUCCCUUUCAACAACCGGCAAGGAUUUUAUUUUAGCAUUCCUCUCAAGGACAUUAAUGGCAAUAUUCCCAAAAAUUUCAUUCAGGUUUUCUAUUCUCAUGAAUACUUGACAAUGUUAUGGCUCAGUAUCUAGGUAUUAACGUCUAAUAUUUUUUUAUUAUCGUAUAUUUUAAACUAAUAGGUUACGAAACAUGGGAAGAACAUGCAUUGCUCAAGUCUUGAACUGGCAUCAGUGAGUGUUAUUGUUUCCUUGUUCCUUCCCUCCCGUUGAUGUUUUCCAUUCUUUUUUGCUUCAUUACCCACUCUGCUUCCAAAUUUCUGGAUCGCUUUCAAAGGUCUUUAAAGUCUUUGUAAAUAGAGGGUCAGCAUAUCAUCAAUAUCCUGGAAAGAGGUGAUGCAUUCAUUCUCUAAGACAUCCAAAGUAUGACAUGUUUAUAGAUAACAGUGUCUAUAUGGAGGUACAUAUGAAUUUACAAUGGGAUUAUAGAUGCAGAAAUCUUUCUUUUUUCGUCACAUCUAUCUCCAAUCGUUUCUGGUUUCAACAAUUAAGCAUCAAUAAUGAGUCAGCUUUUUUAUGUUAUUUUGCAGUUAAAUGUGAGAAAUAGGUCAGCAGCUAGCGAAUGUUAUGUGAGGACAGAGGUUUGCCUGGAAGGUUACACCUCACUUAUUUCACAUGAGGAUGUUUGCUAACUUCAAAUAUUCGGUUCAUUCUUUUUUUCCUAUUUUAAGUUUAUGUAGCUUUCAAUUAAAACUCGUAGUUCUAGGUUUCCUAUUUUUGCUAUAUCCCAUUUCAGAACAUUUGAUCAUCAAAUGUACCAGAUUAACCGAACAGCUAUUUGUAGGCUUUACCGGCCAUUUUCUUUCUAAUUAAAUAAUUUUUCAUUUCAACAAGAGACAAGCGUUAGAAAUAUAGAACUUAGCUGUUAUGUCGACAAAAAACAUAAAUAUUUUUGACUUGAUAGGUCUCAUUAAUGCCAUAAGGGAUGACAUUUCUGUACUAACACUGCUCGCGGAGGUUCUGUGUCUUUUGGACAUGAUCGUCAAUUCAUUUGCGCAUACGAUAUCAACCAAGCCAGUGGACAGCUACACAAGACCCGAGUUCACGGGUACCCCAGACUUUCCUGGUAUAUUUCUGAUUUGUUAGAUCUCUCUGAAGAUUUUUGACAUUGUCAUUUUCCGAUAGAAAAUGGCCCAAUGGCUAUUGAUGCGGGAAGGCAUCCAAUUCUUGAAUCCAUACACAGUGAAUUCAUUGUAAGCAUUCCUUUAUUUUUUUUCCAUAGCUUCAUGUUUUGUGGACAUUGAAACUAUCGGAAGUGAUCAAGUGAGUCAUUCAUGCUUGCAGCCUAACAACGUUUUCCAUUCUGAAGCAUCUAACAUGGUGAUAGUCAUGGGUCCAAACAUGUGAGAGCAUCCUUUACGAGUAGUUGAUUUCUGUAAUUUACCAUGCUUAGGUGAUCGUCUCCGUUUAUAUCGGAGAGUCUAUAUUAAUGUGGAUCCUUUCUGUUUAUGAAAAAUUGUCAGGAGUGGGAAAAGCACAUAUCUUCAGCAAGUUUGUUUAAUAGUCAUCCUCGCUCAGAUUGGCUGCUAUAUUCCUGCUCGCUUUGCUUCUCUUCGGGUGGUUGAUCGCAUAUUUACCCGGAUAGGCACUGGAGACAAUCUUGAGUACAAUUCCAGCACCGUGAGUAUGAAAAAUUUCAGAGCUUUAUCUUCAGCGGUCAAGCAGCGCACUUUCUGCCAACAUGAAAUUUCUCUUGCUAAUUAAUUUAUCAUUCUGUUGUACGUUUUUUUUGUUUAGUUUUUGAUUCUUGGUAGACUCCUAUUGAGGUAAUUUUUGCCCAAUUUUGUAGUCUUGUAACAGGCAUCGAAUACAAAGAAUAACAUUGAAGAGGCCUCCUUGCUACAGAUAUAUGCAUGCCCAUACAAAAAUACGACUAUGUCUACGUCUAUGUCUGAACCACACCCCUCCCACUUCAAUACAUGCCAUGACUUCUCUCAAAGCGAGUUGCACGAACUAGCUUGGGCAGUAGUGCUGAAAUUCGUAAUCUCGUAGGUUUGCAAUCCCUAGAGGUGUCUGGCCGAUAACCUCCAUAGUUGGAGGUGGGACUAAUCCCUAAGCACAGCACAUCUUGAUUUCGAAAAGAAUUGGGGUGGAUUAUACGGCUCAACCUAAGUCGGACUGUCUUUGAAAAGCAUGCUUGUUAUCCAUGAGAUAUGGUCUCCUGGUAUAUAGUUUCGACUUGAGGAACAUGUUAGGGCUAAUGCAAUGAUCCCAUUCUCACACUUUCUCGUAUAUCGCUGGAUCAGAUCAUGUCUUUCAUCUGAGAUGCAUAAAUCUGUCUGGCCUAUAUGACUUCCCGGAAAGAUACAUACGAAGUUAUAGGAUCCUUAUUUCACAACCUCCAGUCAAGAAGUGGAUAACAAGAGGUCAGAUCAAUAAUUACCUACCUGUGCUAAUGAAGGAAAAUAAACACAAGUCCUCAUUCAUUAGGGUUUUAAAAACUUGCACCGGACCAAUUGGAGUUCUAUCGACAUUCUUCAUCCCCCUCAAGUGUUUGCAAUGCGUCUCUCCAGAAAAUAUCCGUUAUGUUAAUAGAUUUCAUUUUCUGCAAUUCCAAAAUACAAUUCUGCGUGAUGAUAUUCAUCUACCAGGUUUGUAAUAAACCAUUAGAUGGUUAAAUAUUUAUUUUAUUAUUUUUAUUAACUGUUUCGUGCCAUUUUGAGACAAUUUCAUCGAACAUUUCUAAUGAAGUUCAGUAAUUUUUCAAACUAAGAAGAGGAAAUUUCAUCCUUGCUUGGGCGAUUAUAUUUUUUAGAGACAAUAAAUAGCUGUCUGAUGAAUAAUUACCUAGUGCUAUUGAAUAUUCUCGUUGCAUAUAGUGAGCGAAUAUUUCCAAUCCCUAUCGUACCCCGUGUCUGUCCGUAAACUGUUAAUCGCAAGGCAUCAUCUUCAUGGGAAGAUAACUACGAGUGAGCUUUCUGAUUCUACAGUUUAUGACAGAGAUGAAAGAGACGGCCUUCCUCCUGCAGAAUGUCUCUCCAAGGUGAAUGAGGCUCUUUCAGGUCUCGAGCCCUGUUCGGCUGCCAUCCGUUGACCCUCUGAGUAAUUUUUUUUCCAUGGUCGGAAAUAGGAGCCUGAUUGUUAUGGACGAACUUGGAAGGGCAACGUCGUCCGCUGAUGGAUACGCCAUCGCUUGGAGUUGCUGCGAACAUCUGCUCUCUCUUAAAGCGUAAUUGCUUUCACUCAUGCUCUGUACCUUUUCCUUCUAUCAUUGUCUUCGAGCCGUCUGAUCUCUUCAGGUACACCAUCUUCGCCACACACAUGGAAGGUCUGUCUGAACUGGCCACGAUGUACCCCAACGUGAAGAUACUCCAUUUCGAGGUCGAGAUCAAGAACAACCGUCUGGACUUCAAGGUCUCAAAACCGAAACUACACUUUUUCAUCACUGAAUCUCAUGUUGUUAGACUGUGAUUUAUCUGGUUAUACUCGCCAGUUCCGACUCAAGGAUGGGCCGAGACAUGUACCGCACUAUGGGCUCCUGCUGGCCAGAGUCGCAGGGCUGCCGGGUUCAGUGAUUGAGACGGCGAAGAACAUCACCCAGAGGAUAACCACGAAGGUACCACUCUUACCUUAAUUACUGGAGGCUUAUUCUAGGAAAAAAAAGUGUUCGUCCUUCGGGAUCUCCGCGGGUGGGCAGGAACUGACCCAGAUGGAGAACAACUGCGACGAGUACCAAUCAGUCCACAUGGCGUAUCGGGUGGCCCAGAGGCUUCUAUGCCUGAAAUACUCCAACCAAGACGAGGACGACGUUCGACGGGCCCUUCAGCGUCUCAAGGACAUGUACGCCGAGGGGAGACUGGACUAG